UUAGAGUUAAAGAUAGAGACUGUGUGCACAUAGUCUCUUAAGCCGGUUUCUAAAUUCAGCAGUCUGUUCAGCUGUCACCAGGCUGUUAUCAAAAGUGCCUUCAGUUCUCAGCAUUAUAACCAAAACUUCUUGUUAAAACCUUUUGAGACAAUAUUCAACAAGACUACAUGUGAAGACAGAAUGGUCUACGCAACAGAAAUGAUUGAAGAGCGUGGUCGAAAAGAAAAUACCAUGGCAGAAAGAAGGCAGUUGUUUGCAGAAAUGCGAGCCCAAGACCUGGAUCGCAUUCGUUUAUCCACUUAUAGGACAGCGUGUAAGCUCCGUUUCGUACAGAAAAAGUGUAACUUGCACUUGGUAGAUGUUUGGAAUAUUAUAGAGGCAUUCAGAGAAAAUGGGCUAAAUACAAUGGAUCCGAAUGCUGAUCUCAGUGUUGCUCGCUUGGAAGCUAUCAUCUCCACAAUACUUCACCAGCUGAACAAACGCUUGCCAACCACUCAUCAAAUAAAUGUUGAACAGUCUAUUAGCUUAUUGCUGAACUUUCUGCUUGCUGCCUAUGAUGGAGAAGGCCAUGGCAAAAUAUCAGUUCUUGCUGUGAAAGUGGCAUUAGCGACAAUAUGUGGAGGGAAGAUACUGGACAAACUGAGAUAUAUUUUCUCUCAAAUAUCAGAUUCCAAUGGAAUAAUGAUAUAUGUGAAGUUUGACCAGUUUCUACGGGAGGUGCUGAAGUUGCCAACAGCAGUAUUUGAAGGUCCUUCCUUUGGCUACACAGAACAAGCAUCAAGGUCAUGUUUUUCCCAACAGAAAAAGGUGACGCUCAAUACAUUUUUGGACACAUUGAUGUCUGAUCCCCCACCACAAUGUCUUGUCUGGUUGCCACUCAUGCAUCGUCUUGCAAAUGUUGAAAACGUCUUCCACCCUGUUGAAUGUUCCUACUGCCACAGUGAGAGCAUGAUGGGUUUUCGAUAUCGUUGCCAGCAGUGUCACAAUUAUCAGCUAUGUCAGGACUGCUUCUGGAGAGGCCAUGCAAGUGGUUCUCAUAGCAACCAGCACCAAAUGAAAGAAUAUACAUCAUGGAAAUCCCCUGCAAAGAAGCUAACCAAUGCACUAAGCAAGUCCUUAAGCUGUGCUUCCAAUCGUGAACCUUUGCACCCAGUGUACCCUGAACAGCCUGAAAAACCGCUAAAUCUGGCACACAUUGUGCCUUCAAGACCACCUCCUAACAUGAAUGAUACAAUGUUCUCCCAUACAGUAAUUACCUCAGGAAGCCCCAGCCCUAAUAAGAGGUUACUAGAUGAGAUGAAUGAUGAACAUACUAUCAUUCAGCUGUAUGUAAAUGAGCUAAUGAACAACGCACGCUUUCCUGAUGAGAUCAAUGAAGUAGAGCAGAACAAACAACUUGUUAGGGCUGCUCCAGCUUUGCUGAAGGGCAAAGGGUUGCAAUACAGCCUUGAUAUUGCUGAUAGACUGGGUGAUGAACAUGUUCUGAUUGGUCUAUAUAUCAACUUCCUCCUGAAUAAUUCCUCACGUGUCCUUGAUAGUCCAAGCCGCCUAGAUGAAGAGCAUCGAUUGAUAGCUCGGUAUGCAGCACGACUGGCUGCUGAGGCAGCAUCUUCACAACAGCGUGCUCCCUCUGAUCUCUCCUCUACCAUAGAUGCAAAUAAGCAGCAACGGCAGUUAAUUGCUGAACUUGAAAACAAGAAUAGAGAAAUUCUGCAAGAGAUACAGAGAUUGAGGCUAGAACAUGAGCAAGCAUCUCAGCCCACUCCUGAGAAGGCACAACAGAAUCCUACCCUGCUAGCAGAACUUCGACUGCUCAGGCAGCGAAAAGACGAGUUAGAACAAAGGAUGUCAGCAUUGCAGGAAAACCGCAGAGAAUUAAUGGUUCAACUAGAAGGCCUGAUGAAAUUACUGAAAGAAGAAGAAAUGAGGCAGGAAACUCAGGGGGCAGGAUCCCCUCGCUCUUCACCAAGUCACACAAUUAGCCGGUCUGUUCCUAUACCAAUGCCUAUCAGAUCAACCUCUGCCUGUUCAACUCCAACCCAUACACCUCAGGAUUCACUGACAGGGGUUGGAGGAGAUGUACAGGAAGCAUUUGCACAAAGCUCCAGAAGAAAUUUGAGAAAUGACCUGCUGGUGGCAGCAGAUUCCAUUACAAACACAAUGUCAUCUUUGGUAAAAGAGUUGAAUUCAGCAGAGGCUGGGAGUGAGACAGAAAGCAAUGUGGACUCUGAUUUUGGUCGUGCUCAUUUAGAUGACAUUGUGCUUUCACCAACUUCUGAAAAGGCCUUUCUAGCUCAGAUUAAUGCGAGGAACCCCAGCUAUGAACACAGUGCUGCUGCAACAGGAACUAUUCAAAGUGACAUUGUUGCAGAAGAUGGUGAAUCAUACAUUAGAACCGAUGAUGAAAGUUACGAAAAUGAAUCUGUCCAUCAACUUGAACGGGAGUUGAAGCUAGAGGAAUAUCUGAAGCAGAAAUUGCAAGAUGAGAGCUAUCAGGCUCAUUACAAUCAAACUGAUGAUGAGAGUUAUGUGAGAACUGAUGAUGAUGAAAGCUGCAUACGGACAGAUGAUGAAGAUGGUCUAACUUCUGGCUUCACUGAAGAAUGGAAUGAACAUAUGAAGCGUCUGAUGACAAAAAAAUAAUUUUAUAAGUAGUGUGAGGACUCUAGCACAAUUAUUUUAAAAGUUUCUAGUUCAAUGUGUUGACAGACAUUUCUUUAACUUAAAGCUGGGUUUAUCAGCAUCUUCUUUAUAUGCCUCAAAACAGAAUUCAGGAGAACACAACAGCAGUUGUCACCAAACUGAAUAGGUUUGAUGUUAUGUAAAAUAUGGCAGUAUUACUAUCAAAAAUAAUUCUUCACACAUAAUAUUUUCUGUAUAUGCUCCUAAAAUUGAUACACAUUACAUUUGGUUUCUAGAUGAACUGUGCAGUCCUUUGGCAAAAAUUACAUAUUUUUCAACUGUGAUGAACCUAUUUUGGUGAAAUGCACUUAAAAAUCGUAUAAUAUGGCACAAUAAAUGAAUAUUGAUUCAGAACUAUAACAAUCCAUAAACUAUUAAUUUUCAGCAUUUUUUAAAUGCACAGAUCUGUAAAAUAAAAGAACUGUAAACUGUGUCAAGGACGCUCAUAGCUAAUUCUUUUCUUGUACUUUGAACCAUAGGUGCCAAAAACAAACAGUUUAAAAAAAGGAACUUGAUUUAUUUAAUUCCUUUUGUGUGAGUAAUACAAUGGGUUAAGCAAUAUUUUAAACAUGCAUGAACAUUGCUAACUUUGAAAAAGUAAACUUUUUUCUGGGUUAUAUUUGCUUACUUGGGCAUACUUAUAAAUAUAUAUAUUUAUAAGUAUAUAUAUAUAUAUAUAUACACACAUUACUUGAUGUGCAUUGGUCAUUUUAUGUUUCAGAUGUGUAUUACCUUAGUUGCCUGUGUAGUGUGUACAUUGUGAGGAAAGAAUAUUUUAUCAAAUAAUCGAUGGAAGAGAAUUGCAUAUGUUGUAAAGACGAGCAACAGAUGAGAAUUCAAGGUUUAAGAGGUUUUGUGGCGUCUACCUGAUUAAUUCACAAGCAAAUCAUGCAGAUGGUUGAAGAUACUAUUCUCCAAGUAUGUCAUGAAGUGUUCAUGAUCAGUACAAAACAACUGAUUCAACUCCGAGUGAGUUCUCACAGAAACUAUUCUACAUAAAGCUGGAUUCAUUUUUUCUGUAGUAAUUACUCCUGAAUUUACAAAAAAUUCUUUCAUAUACAUUUUCUAUAAAUGAUGUCAUAUAUAAGUCACUAAUAACUUUUUAUUUGCAGUAUUGUUAAACAAAAUUUAAUAAUGACAUAAUAUGUAAACUUACACAACAAAUGUAUUACUAUUAACUGAAGAAUUGCAAAACAAAAACUGAUGUGGUAAGCACCCAGAAAGAAUGUAGAUGUCUUGACAGUAAAAAAAAAGAGAAGUGGUGUGAUUUAAUUGAUGUUAUCACAUUAAAAAGCAGAAAGAAAUAUGUUAAUUACUGAUUGACAUCUACUUUACUUAAAGGGAAUGGAUGUUUGAUAGAGAUAGAGAUAAAAGAGAGAUGUGAAUUCUGGAAGAUUCUGAAUACAGUUAAGAGUUGAGAGAGGCUUGGCAUGUUUCAGAGUUAACCUGCACAGACUGUGGCCUUCACUGUGAAACAACCUGUACUCUAUUAGUGCAUGAAGUGAUAAAUUGUCUAGUUUUGUUUCCUAGUUCUAUGCCUUUUAUUUAUUUCGACUGACUUUUCCCAGCUGCAUAUGUUCAUUAAUACAGACACAUACUGUAUAUAAAGUCUUUGUUCUGAAUUUAGAAUGGAUAAAUUCAGCAAAAUAACCGUGAAUUACCAUCAUUUUCUUACUCUGUCCAAAACAACGGACAUUUAAUUUUCACCAAAAAUGUAUGACUACAUCAUGUAUAAAUUAACUACAACUAAUGUGUUUAAUGUCUCCAAAACUCCAAAAGAAGGACAGCAACUUUGGAAGCACUAAAGGUUCAAUGUAACACACUGUUGAUGUAAUAAAACUACUGAUCUAUGUUUUGUAUUGUUAAGUAUUGUAUACAUAUGUAUAAUGUGUUGGAACAAGCUGGGGACUUGCCAUGUUCUAAGAUUGUUCAAGUAUUUAACUGUGUGUCUGUAUUUUGGAAUGGAAUAUUUCUUCAUUAAAAAGAGAAUUUUUUAAAAGGCUGGCUGGUAGGGGUCAUCCUACAUUU